AGGCUUGAAACGCGGCGGGGAGGGCGGGGCCUUCCUCACUGUUGUUGUUACCGCUGAUGCCUCCGCGGCCGGCGGGUAGGGCGCCGUGAUGGGGGUCCCGGCUCUGCUGGGCCUCAAGGCGGGCUGCCUGGUGGCGCUGGCCCUCGUGCCGCUGCUCUGCGGGAUCCUCCCGGCCGCAGUCCUCCUCCGCCGCCGCCUGCGAGGGGCCCCGGGCAGCGGAGCCGGGAUCCGGAGCCUGCUCAGCUGCGCCGCCGGAGGGGUCUUCCUGGCCGCCUGCCUCCUGGACGUCGUGCCGGACUCCCUCGAAGACCUCCGCCUCCAGACCCGGAGCCUCUCGCCAGACUUCCCUCUUCCGGAGCUGAUCCUGGCGCUGGGCUUCCUUCUGGUGUUGGUGGUGGAGCAUGUCCUGCUAGACUGCAGCGAGGGCAGGCCAGGCACUGAUGCAGCCUCUGAGCCGCUCUUGUCGGACUCCGAGUCCCAUGCGCAUCCUUCUUCAUCUUCCCCGUUCCGUGCGCUGGUGCUAACCCUCUCUCUGUGCCUGCAUUCAGUCUUCGAGGGCCUGGCUCUGGGGCUACAGGAGACUGCGGCCAGGCUGCUACGUCUGGCGGGGGCCGUCCUGCUCCACAAGGCGGCCAUGGCGCUCAGCAUGUCCUUGUUGCUGUUGACACAGAGCCGACUGCCCCUGCGCUCGGCCUUGCUUGCGUUGACCACCUUUGCCCUUGCCUCCCCGCUGGGCCUGGGUCUGGGCCUCCUGCUCACCUUACAGGACCCUUCUUCCCCGUCCUCUGAGAACGGGGCUCGCAGCCUUCUCCAAGGCGUGGCUGCAGGAACCUUCCUCUACAUCACCUUCCUGGAAAUCCUUCCCCAGGAACUGCAUUCCCCUUCCGUGGCCCCCGGGCGGCUGCCGAAGGUCCUGGCCCUCCUGCUGGGCUUCUCCACAAUGGCCGCCCUGCGCCUCCUGGGGUGACGCUUCCUGAGGCCAAGCUGGGGGGGCCGGCCUCCCCAUUUUUAUUCAAAGCCAAACUUUUAAUAAAUAUCGUAUUGACUGAA